AUGGACAAGUACGCCGAAAAUCUGAACGGCACUUCUCCAUCAGAAAUCGCUUGGAACAGGAUCUGGGGUGAAGUUUACGACCCGGAGACCAGGAAUGAAUGUGCAAAUUUGCUAGGCACCGAAAGUCGGGAUGAUCAGAUCGAAAAGCGAAGGUUUACGCCCCUCCAUCGCAUUGCUCUUGGAUUAGAGCUUGGGAUCUCUAUCGAAACCCAAAUAAAAGAGACGGACGUUGAUGCGCCUGAUGCAAGUGGAAGGUCGGCGCUAUCCUACGCCACGGCACGUGGCGAUCAAGCCAUGUCUGCGACUUUGCUCAUGUGCAACGCUAGCGUCGUGCUAAAGCAACCGGGAGCCGAUGCGCUGCAUUGGGCUGUUACCGCAAAAGAUCCUUCGUGCAUCAAGCUUCUUCUGGAAUACUCUGCAGAUCCUAAUUCGAGAUCCGUAUACGGGGAGACAAGUUUACAUAUCGCUGCCAUGCGAUACGACGAUCCUGAACGACGCAUGAGCCUUCUGCUGUCCUCACUCGCUUCGAUCGAUGCUCAAGAUUAUGAAGGAUACACACCCUUGAUGUUUGCAGUUCAAAAGAAUCGUCCAAAAACCGUCAGAUAUUUGCUGGACAAACGCGCCAACAUCGACUUGGCAGAUCACGUUGGAUCACCGGCUAUGGCUUUUGCUAUCUUGAGUGAUAACGAGGAGAUUCUUGAUGUUCUCCUGCAGCACCCUUGCGACACAAUGUGGCAGACAGAACGGAGACAGACCUGGCUGCACCUUGCUGCAAGCACUGCCACAUCUUCCGUACUGAACCUUCUCCGAGAUCACGGCGUGAAGUGCGACUUCAACUCACCAGACAAGGAUGGGUACACCGCUGAACAGAUCUUUGAUCAUCGUCGAAAGUCGAGGGGCGCAGAUCUAUCAACGAUCGAGGCUUUUGACAAAUUACUGGCAUCCCUGCGUGUCACUGAACUCUCUGCAGAGGAACACGAUGAAAAGGCAUGA